AUGUUUCUCUUGGAGGCUGCGUGGCUCUGCCUGGUUGGUGCCGCAGUGCUGGGGAGCUGGGUGCUUUGCAGACGCAAGGGGCCAGGGCCUCUGCAGAGUCAGGCGGUCUGCCUGGCCGCUGUCUGGGUCGGCGCUUGCCUGCUCAACCUCUCCUUCCUCUGGAGUUUAGUCCUGUGCGCCUCGUCGGGCUUCCUCCUGCACACCUGCAGGUCGGAUGAAGAGUCGUUACCUGUGGAUGGGAAGGCAGUGCUGGUGACAGGCACCGACACGGGGUUUGGCCAUGGUUUGGCUAAGCAUCUGGACAAGCUGGGCUUCACAGUAUUUGCUGGCGUUCUGGAUGAAAGGAGCCCUGGAGCUGAAGAAUUGCGAAGAUCCUGCUCGCGGCGCCUCUCCGUGCUCCAGAUGGAUGUCACCAAGCCAGAGCAGAUACAAGAUGCCUACAGCAAAGUUGUGGAAAAGAUACAGGACAAAGGGCUGUGGGCUGUAGUCAACAAUGCUGGAAUUAUCGGCUUCCCCAUAGACGGCGAGCUCAUUCCCAUGAACGAUUACAAAAGAUGCAUGGCUGUGAACUUCUUUGGACCUGUGGAAGUCACGAAAACAUUUUUGCCUCUGCUUAGGAAAUCCAAGGGCAGGCUGGUGAUGAUCAGCAGUAUGGGAGGAUCAGUCCCGCUGCUAAGGAUGGCAGCCUAUAAUUCAACAAAGGCUGCUCUGACCAUGUUCUCAUCAGUACUGAGACAAGAGCUUUCCAAAUGGGGAGUAAAAGUUAUUGUCAUCCAACCCGGAGGCUUCCGAACAAAUAUCUCAGGGACAAGUGAUGUGUGGGACAAGAUGGAGAAGAACAUUCUGGAAAACCUCCCCCGAGAAGUGCAGGAGGACUAUGGCCAGGACUACAUUCUCAAGCAGAGGAAUUUCCUCCAGGCUAUGACUACGAGGACCGCCUCAGACUUGACCCCUGUGCUACAGGACGUCCAGCAUGCCAUCUCUGCUCGGAGCCCUUCUCCUUUUUAUGCUCCGGGGAAGCUGGCUUACCUGUGGGUCUGCUUUGCCUCCGUUUCCCCUACCAGCUUGUUGGAUUAUGUCAUAAAAAAACUGUUUACCAUAGGACAGGACAUGCCCAGAGCUCUAAGCAUGUCCAGCUAGAAAAAACAGG